AUGUCUCUAAUACUUCGUGUAUUAUAUGAUCGAGGACGAGCUUAUAGGUGCGACUUGGAAUUUCUCUUGAAUCCCCCCUCUACAAUGCCGCCCCCCGACAUCGAUACACGUGUCUCUCAGACGUACGCACAAGCAGAUGGUUGGAAAUGGAUGUGA